GGAAAGGCGCACUGGACGCAACAAGAAGUUUGCUCAAAAGGAUGCAUAUAAUACGAUGAUCACUGUGAAGCAGAGGCAGAUUGUCCGCAUGGGGAUGGCAUGUACUGUGGGCGAACGAUCGGAAGAGACCUUCAUCACCUCUACCGAUGCAACUCCGGCGUCAUCAAAGAUAUGGGAUACUGUCCUAACGGAUGCGAACAGACAGCCGACGGAAUUUCCGAUUACUGUCGGUAUGUCAAUGCAAGUGUUCAAGGUUUCAGUAUCAAUGCUGCUUCACUACAAAAGUUGAAAUCCCAUGUUGGCUUCACUCCAAAUAUGCACCAGCGAUAUGACUAUAUUUGGCAAAUUGGCUAUGGCCAUCUUUGUGAACCGUACGAGGUUUGUCAAGGCGUUCCAGUUCCAGUCAACGAAACCUUUGCUACCACUUUACUGGCUGAAGACUUGAAGGAGGUAUCAACGUGUGUCUGCAAGUUUGCUCAUGGAAAAGGCUUAAACGAUAAUCAAUUUGGUGCCUUGGUGGAUUACGCAUACACUUCAGCGGACGGUUGCCAAGACCUCCAGUCUAAAUCUUUCAGUAACACGACGUCUCCUUCUGGAAUCUUUGAUGACGACUCAUGGGGCCAAGACCUCAGUAAUUUAUGGCAUCUAAAUAGCCAGACUGCUGCUCCCUGUUAAAAAAGCUUCAGCGGUUGAGGCUACUUUCCAGAUCUAUUGCUGUUAUACUGUUACUUCAUUCCACUCACUUCACGUCAUACCCACAUUGCGUAUCAGCAGUCUCAUAGUCCAUAUUUCCUACUCCUAUCCCUCCCUACCUUGGCUUCCCAGUCUAUUCACCACCGCGUCUAUAAUAAAUAUAUCUCAAAAGAGUCCCUCCAUGAAUAUGACCACCACUAUUCCACUCAA